AUGUACGGCCCGACGCCGGCCGGGGCGUUGACGUUUCCCGAGGCCGCGUUCUGGCAAUCGUUCGAGGCCAAGCUGGUGUUCGAAGACGUACUGGCCGAGCCCGACGCGAGCCACGGCUUCGAUGGUGCCUGGAAGCUCACCUACCUGGUGUUCUCCACCACGCGCCUGUGGUGCUACCGCCUUCUGGCGGCCCUGCUGGCGCUGCCCUGCGGCCUCACCUGGGGACUCCUCUUCUCCCUGCUCUCGCUCGUGCACGUGUGGCUGCUGACGCCCGCGUUGCGCGUACUCGAUGUCUUCCUGCACGUCGUGCACAGGGUGUGGGGCGGCCUUGUGCGGACCCUGCUGGACCCGGUGUUCCAGUCGAUCGGCAAGGUGGCCGGAGACGUGCGCGUCACCCGAACGCAGGUCUACCCCAAGAACGACUUCGCCCACGACCCGUGAGGCGGCGCCACGGGCGCUUUUCCGUGGCUCCCGUCGUCCGUCCUCCGCGGUCGAGCCAGCGGAUCAAUCGAGGCGUUGUUGCCGGACCCAACUUUUUUUUUUUUUUAGCCGGGGCCAAGCGGCGGAAGAGACGCGGUCGGAGAUGAAGAAGAAUGGCGUGGCGGACCCACUCACCCCCUCGUCGACCCCCUUUUUUUUGGCAA